CCACAUAUUUGAUUCUGAAUACAAUUCCAAAUGUACACAAUCAGGCACAGUGGUUGCCCUGAUGAUCAGUGUAGCUUCACCACUGCCACCUGUCAGUGUCCAUCAAUUCCAGCUGUUAGUGCCCAUCAAUGCCACCUGCCAGUGCCCAUCAGUGCCUCAUCAAUGCCACAUAUCAGUGCAUACCAGUGCACAUCAAUGUCACAUAUCACUGCCCAUCUGAGCUGCCUUUCACUGCCACCUAUCAGUGCCAGUCAGUGCCACCUAUCAAUGCCAGUCAGUGCCACCUAUCAGUGCUGCCAAUAAGUGCUGCCUAUCAGUGCCAGUCAGUGCGCAUCAGUGCCACCUAUCAGUUCCUGUCAGUGCUGCCUAACAG